UAGUCCCGCUUCUUGCAAAUUGCUGCCCCGGGGGCUGGCAGGGGAGGGUCUCGCGCGGGGCGGAUCCGCAUUCUGCAGCCUUGCCGCGGCCUGGAAGCUGCUCAGCCCCGGUCCGAGGGGAAGGCACCUGGGGGUUUCCUUUGCUUGCAGUACCUUAGGGUAUUGCAAAGCAGGGCCCAGCUGCAGGGACAGAGACCCUGGAGCCUGCAGCUAAACUGGAGCGAGGGGGCCCAGCAGGGCCGUCGGAGCAUGAAGUGGGCAUUGAGCCCUUGAAUGCUGCACGCCACAUCUCCUGGAAUGUUUGCACGCUGUAGCCGGCUAUAGAGAGAGGCCGGGCAACUUCCAGGCGCAGUGAUAACAUCUGUCGGUCGCUGUUAUGGUUGAUUGCUGUGCUGACAACAUGCUCCGCAAAAAUAAACAGCCCUAAGACCACCCCCACCCCCUCAUCCUGCAGAUCUGGACAAUUUGGGGCAGAGAUCUGAGCACCUCGUGGUGAUUGAUUUCACUUCGAGCGCCGCCGGCUGUUUCUUCCCGCACCAUGUUCGGCUCAUCCAGGGGAGGCGUGAGAGGGGGGCAGGACCAGUUCAACUGGGAGGAUGUGAAGACGGAUAAACAGAGGGAAAAUUACCUGGGCAACUCCCUGAUGGCUCCGGUGGGCAGGUGGCAGAAGGGCAAAGACCUCACCUGGUACGCAAAGGGGAAGCAAGGCGACGUGCAGAUCUCCCGAGAAGCCGAGCUGGCUGCAGUCCGGCUGGCCGAGCAGGAGGCCAUGAUGACGGCUCUGGGCUACAAGAAUGUGAAGAAACAGCCCACGGGCCUGAGCAAAGAGGAUCUCGCUGAGGUCUGUAAGCGUGAUGGAGCAGAGCGUGAUGAGAAGGAUACAGACCGAGUCUUGGGGCUGGGAAGUUCCAGUGGCGGUGCUGGCAGAAUGAUGCUCUCCAAAGAAGACAAAGAGGCUGCCAAACUUGGGCUUUCUGUUUUUACUCAUCAGAGAGUGGCAAACAGUCCGGAGGCCUCAGGUGCGAAGAGAAAACUGGGCAAGGAAGAGAAGGCAGAAGAAGCAUGGCCCGAGAGCAGCAAGAAAUCCAAAAAGGAGAAGAAGAAGAAAAAGAAGAGAAAACACAAGAAAGAGAAGGAAAAGGAGAAACAUCACAAGAAAGAAGCAGCCACCACCUCCUCCUCCCCCUCUCCAGAUCAUGGGGAAAGGAGGAGGAGGGAAGCCCCACCCCCCAAGGACCAUUCAUCAUCCUCCCGGCGGCUUGCAGGCAGCUGGCGUGACAGCCAUUCAUCACCGGGCCGAGAGGCACAGAAGCAACCCGGCAGGUGGCAGCACGACAUGGACUCCUCCAGCAGCGAGGGCAUGGGAGGGAGCCCCCCUCGCCGACAGCUCCCAGCCCACAGUAAUGACAGGAGCGGCAGCAGGGACCACCACAGCCGGCACUCAACCUCCAGGGGCAAGGGAAACGGCAAAGGGUCCCCCCCAGCCCGCCGCGCCAACCGGCGCCACGACACUGAUUCAGAUGACUGAGCUGCAGGGAAGCGCGGGAGAGACGGGGACUGCUAUGGCCUUGUUUUAAAGGGACGCUGUCCAAACGGAAGUUACAGGACCAGAUCCUCCGCUGGUACAAAUCAGUGCAGCUGUGAAGUCACUGGAUUGAGAGUGCAUUGAACUGCACCGGUUCACACCAGCUGAGGAUCUCGCCCAGAGGUUGAUGUGGGUUUUUUUUUUUUAACGCCCUUAUCUAUGCUACCGAUGCCCUAGUGUAGACACAUUUAUACCAGCAAACGCACUUUCUUAUGCCAGUAUGAUUGCAGGUAUCCCGGUAAAACCUUUAAGCGAAGCCUAGCCCUUAGCUUGGCCACAGCUGCUCCACUGGUCUGUUCCUUUGAUUCUGCUGAGUUUGCCCUGCCCCGCUGUGUCUUGUGCCCACUAAAGAUUCAAAGCCAGGUGCACAGAUCCCUCGUGUAUAUCGGCAGGGAGAUAACUGAAUGCCGGGGAGUGAACCUCUUGCAGAAGGGAGGCCUUUGUUUGGGAAUGUUGAUCAGGUAUUUGUGUGCCCAGUUAGGUAUUUUAGAAAACCAAGGUCAACUACAGAACCUCCUAUUCAAUCAGAGUUUUACUGAAAAUCCUGGAGAGACUGUAAUAGAAGAGAGAUCUUGUUUGGAUUUUGACUAUCGCCUGCAGUGAAUGUCUGCAACCCGUUGUGCUAGCACAGGAGAACCAGCAAGGUUAAAGCAACUGGAACAUGACCAAUAAAAACGGACAUUGAAUCUAGUCUGUUUCAAGAAGUUUUAAGCAAGUAAACAGUGUGUCCCUGAAAACCAGGCAGCUGGAGAUGAACAGUUUCGGCUUUAAUAGCCUAAAAGGUGUUGCUAUCCUUGUGUGUUUUUACCAUGCUGAAGGGUUUUUUUAACCUGACACUUCUCCUUUAAAUUUCUCCAAUUUUUUUAAACUUACUUAGAGGAAGUUUUGUAAACUUCCCCCCCCACCC